UGAGAUGUGGCAGGCAUAUGCUCAUCCAGACAAUAUGAAGGUCCUUUUGCUCCUAGGUUUGGUGGCUGUCGCUUUUUGUGAGCAGACCAUAUUUGUGGGAGAGAGGGUCCUCCGUCUGAAGCCUGAAACUUACGAACAUGUGUCAAUCAUCCAGGAAUUGGGCCGCAAUGUUAAGGUGGAUUUCUGGAGACCAGAUAGCGCCGACGUUGUGACCGUUGGCAUGACUGUUGACGUUCAUGUUCCUGCAGCCCAGCUUGCCAUGGUCUCCACCAUUUUACAUCAGAGUGACAUGGAAGUUGAGGUCCUGAUUGAAGAUCUUCAGGUUGCUGUUGAGGCUCAGAUGAAUAACAAGAGGUUCAUAAAAAGUCAUGACUACAUGAAAUACAACAACUGGAACACAAUCAAUGACUGGGUCAUAAGCAUCAGCUCUGCUAACGCUGACCUGAUCAGCAGACAGGUGAUUGGAAACACAUAUGAAGGACGUCCCAUGCACCUUCUGACGGUUGGAAAGAAGACAGGCUCUGUUAAGCCAGCUGUGUUCAUGGACUGUGGCUUUCAUGCUAGAGAGUGGAUCACUCCUGCUUUCUGCCAGUGGUUUGUACAGGAGGCUGUGUCCACCUAUGGCAGUGAUGCCGAGAUGACCAACCUUCUGGAUAAGAUGGACUUCUUUGUUCUACCUGUCUUCAACAUUGAUGGCUAUGAAUACACCUGGACCAAUGACAGGAUGUGGAGAAAAACUCGCUCCAGGAACAUUGGCAGCAGCUGUUUGGGAACUGAUCCCAACAGAAACUUUGAUGCCGGAUGGUGCACCGUUGGAGCUUCCAGCAGCCCUUGCUCCGACACCUACUGUGGAACCAGCCCAGAGUCUGAGAUUGAGUCCAAGAAUCUGGCCAACUUCAUUCGCACCAACAAGUCCAUCAUCAAGUCUUACUUGACGGUCCAUUCAUACUCUCAACUGCUCCUCUUUCCCUAUUCCUACAAAUAUGGCCUGGCCGCUGACCACUCUGAGCUGCUCACCGUGGCUCGGGGAGCUACUUCAGCCCUGACUAGCCUGUACGGAACCAAAUACGAAUAUGGACCUGGAGCUGUCACCAUCUACCCUGCUGCCGGUGGUUCUGAUGACUGGGCCUAUGACUUGGGCAUUAAGUAUGCCUACACAUUCGAGCUGCGUGACACCGGUCGUUACGGCUUCCUGCUCCCCGAAUCUCAGAUCAAGCCCACCUGUGAGGAGACCAUGCUGGCUGUCAAAUACAUCGCUAGCUAUGUGGCUAAAAACCUGUACUGAGAGAAGUGUCUGAGUGAAAGCUCGAUAAAUAAAUGAGUGAUGGGUUUGUUAUUAGAAAGCACAAUAUGACUUCUGUGAACUGAUUUUCUACACAUCUCUAAAAACCUUCAGCAAAAACGAAAAUAUACUGUAGCAUUACCAAUAUGGAUCACAUCAUUUUGUCAUGAAAUAUUUUCACGUAAUACUCAGGUUUCUCUCUCUCAAUCGUGCCCCCCAGCACACUGAUCCUCCUUAAUACUGAUUACGUUUUAAUGGACUUCUCAUCCUCCCUGUUUUUCCAGUGCUACUGAAAUGUUCUUCAUAAUAAAAUAACUUCUUGAAUAUUUAAUCUCAAA